CUUUAUCAAACCUACUAACUAUAAAUAAAUAAUAAAUCUUUCAUUUUAUAUUUCCUAUUUUUUAUUUUAUUUUUUUCGUUUCCUUUAAUAUUCGUAACGCAUUUGCCAUAGGGAAUGUUUUGAAAGAGUUACGAAAGGAAUCGACGAUGCCUAAAAUUUUGUCUUUAUUACUGUUCGUAUUUAUUGUAUUCAUUUGCCACGGGCGAGGACACAGUUUCGCUGUUAAUCAGUUAAUAAGCGAUGCGGAUCUCCAAUCAGCAUUGAUGCCCCAAGAAUUGAAUCCAGCAUACGUUCCUGAAAAGGAUGCACCAUGGCGCGCUGUCUUCCCCCUCGGGCGACUGCGACGCGACAUCGAAGUCGUGGAGAACGCACAGGCGCCUGCGACCGUGUCGCAUAGUCUGAAAGUGUAUAGUCGCAUGGCCACGUGCAUCGCGCUAGCAAUCGCAGCGAUUGUCGAGAUUAUUUUGUAUGUAAUCGAGUUUUAUACUGUCAGUUGAAUAUAUUGAUGAUUGAAUACAUUUUAUC